AAUAUAGCGUGGUGUAUUGUUCUAAACAGGACAUUUGAAUGAGCAGGGGUUAGGUGUGUGGUGUACUCUGCAUAUGAGAGGACGACUAGAAAGUGAAUGCCAAUACGCAUUCACAACAGCAGAUUACUCUUAAAAAACACCAUUUAUAAAGUAACCGGAGAAAAGUAGUUUCACUGACAGCUUCCUACAAUGUCUGCAAGCGUAGAUGAAGAGAAAAAGCCACCACAAAACACGCAUGAAGAGCGCUUGUCCCGAGUAUUUGACGAAGUGAUGGGGCUUGGAAACUUUGUUGACUCUUCCAGGGGCUCGGCCACCUCCUCCAGGAGUGAAGGUCAGGAGGAGACAAAGGGAGUGGAAGAAUCUUCAGCACAAGUGGAACAGCAACCAGUAGAAGAGGAGGAUAGCAAUGGCAGCAGACAAGAAGAAAAGAUGGAAGAGGGGGCGGAAGAGUCUUCCUUACAACGCAGUUCCUCCCCUUCCUCUGUCCCAGGCUCCUCGUUUACAAUGGGAACCAAAGAAGGCGGAGGGGCAGCGUCUGAUGAUGCACAGGAUGGACUCCCUGCGUUUGGGGAGGAAGAAGAUGAAGACUGGCACUUUGCCCUGCCGAUGGGCAGCCUGAAAGAUGUUAAUAUGGCUAAAGAGAAAAGAAAAAUGGCUAGACCAGAAGUGGAGAACAACACGUCGCAACGCGAACCCUUUCCUCCACAGCCCCGAGAGCCGGAGGUGGAUGAAGUAAGCACAGAGUCUGCCAACACCUCCCACUCCUCCCAGGAACCCACACCUGAAAACAGCCGAGCUUUUAUGUAUCACAACAAAACUUCAGACGGAGGCAUCCAGGACCAGGCGGAGGAGACAGAAGAUAGCCAGGAGGGAGAGAGGACAGAGGGAGCUCCGAUGGAGGACAGUAGUCCCCCUCCUAUCAAUAUUAAAGAUGAACCCAUUGAUGAGGGCUACGACGCUGCGCUGCUGCCUCAGAGCUCCAUCAGACAGAUCAAAGAGGAGCUGGAGCAUCAGGAGGAAGAGCUGAGGAUCAGCUCCGUCUACUCUGUAAGUGGAGGAACCGCCUUUGCGUCGCCUACAGUGCCGUUAGCGAUCCCAGCCCCCACUCCGACGACCUUUUUUAUCCAAGGUAGAGGGACCCUGCUACAAGCCAUGGCCCAGAUUCCGCUCAGACCCCCUGCUCCAGUCCCAAGCUCACUCCCAUCCCUGAUUUCUGCCCCCCCACGCCAACCUCCACCUUCCGUUCCCGGCAGUGUUCGAUGCAGCGGCUGCUCUAAGGUUCUGCUGAAAGGUCAAACAGCAUUUCAGAGGAAAGGCUCCACGCAGCUCUUCUGCUCCACAGUGUGUCUGACGGGCCACCUGCCUCCAGCCAACAAGAACCGCCAGUGCUUCCAGUGCAACAGGGAGAUCUUUCAGCCCCGGGACAUGAUCACGAACCCCGGAGACGACAACACCCUCCUCAACUUCUGUGGCCAGUUCUGUCUGUCUGUCUUUAAAAGCAAGAAGAAACAAGUGGAUAAGGUUCCUGAAAAACGACUGGAGAAGAAACCAGAGAUGCCGCCAGAGAAAACAGCAGAGCGCCUCUCUGAUAAACCCAUCUGUACUGUCUGCAGGACCUCCAACAAGCAGAUAGAGCACGAGGUCACCCAUCAGGGUCGUCUGCACAGACUCUGUAGUGAUGCUUGUUUUGUAACCUGGCGCAAGAUGCGGAAGUUAGCCAUGAACUGCUGCGAAGGCUGUGGACUUUACUGUAGCAGCAGCUCGGGCUCCUGUCAGACGCUCAUUGUUGACAGAUCGCAGCUCAACUUCUGUGGCCCCACCUGCAUCGGCACCUACAAACAGACCUGCAAAAAGACGGUGGAGUGUGCCAACUGUCACAAAAUCGCGAUGGUGUCCUCCACCAUCAUGGAAAGAGACCAAAAGGGCAAGGUCCAGCUCUACUGCUCGCCUUCAUGUGUGGAUCAGAGUCGACCCCCCCAACACAUUCUCACCGGUGCUGCGUUCCCCUGCUGCCAGUGCAAAGUGUCGGCUGUUCCUCAGUAUCACCUGGCCAUGGUGGACGGAACCAUCCGUAACUUCUGCUCCUACGACUGCGUUUCGAUAUUCAGGAAGUCCGGUGACAUCUCUCAGCCAGACCUGCCCAAUGGAACCCCCGUUCUCAGGGACCCCAAAGCAGGACCCUCUGCGGGGACCAGCUCAGUCCCUCCCCUCCCUCAGGACCACCCGUAUUCUGUCGCCUACCCAGGCCACCAUCCCAGUUAUACCUCAGUGCCCCCGCUCGUGCCUCCCUCCCAAGCCCCCGCCGAAACGCCUACUGGUCAGCCUCUUAAACCAGCAGAGGGGGGGCCCAAGAAUGCCUCCAAGCUGACCUGCCAUCAGUGCAGCAAAGAGUUCAGCACAAAGCCGCUGCUGUUCUGCCACCAGGCCAGUAUUUCUAUGUUCUGCAGUGAGAUGUGCUUUGACCAAUAUAAAAGCCAGAAGAAUGUCCUGAUGCCGUGCGAGACCUGCAAACAGGAGAAACGGCUCUAUGACACCCUCUGCUACAACCAACAGGAUCUGUUCUUCUGCAGCGACGGCUGUAAAUCCGUGUUCAAGCAGGACUGGAUGGUUCUGUGCAAGGUUUCCUGCAGCUUCUGCUCCGGCUUCAGCCCCAAGAUGCUGCACAGCCACUAUGGAGGCAAGAUGGAGGAGUUCUGCAAACCCCAGUGCAUGUCCCAGUACACCAUUCUCUACUAUGGGAUGGGUCGCUGUGACAGCUGCAGGAAACAGGGCUACAUGACGGAGAAGCUUCAGUGUUUGGGUUCAGUUCGUAAUUUCUGCAACCUGCCCUGCCUGCUGCAGUACUGCCACCUGCACUUUGAGACCAGCCACAGCAGCAGCAACGGAACCGGAACCGCCCCACAAACUCCAUACGCUCCACCACAGCCCCACCUUUCCUCAAAGAUGAACCCUGUCAUCGCUGAUGUUGUGUCUCUGGCCAACGGCUCUGCCACUCAGCCCAGUGUGUCAGCAGAUGGCGCUCUAACUGGAGCACUGCCAACCACCAACAUUGACAGCAAGAAUCUAGACCACGCCAGCACUCAGACUGAUGCCACGCGAGGGCCUGUGUCCCGUCGCCGUCAAAUGAAGAACAAGUCAGUUUUGUGUCGGCCCUUCACUAUGGACCAGGAGAUUAUGUGCCAGCUGCCCUCACCCACUGCUGAGUCAGCAGCUGUUUCGAUAGUUGCAGCAGCUCUGCUAGAUAGCUCCUCGCAAACGGACCAGACAUCUGCGGAAGCUUCCACAUCACCAUCCCCAUCGCCCAAACCUCAGGGACAAUCUCAGCCGAGCAACGGCGUGCCUGCACGACUGACCGGACGCCAUUUCCUUGGCCGGAAGGAGACGGACUCCGACUGCAAGGUCUGCUCACAACACAAGAGGAAGAGGGUGGACGAGGAAGGGCUGGACGAGAAGAAGCAGAAAAUGGAGGAGGACGAGGGGACGGAGAGGGAAGCAGAAUCGGAGGAGGGAGCACAUGAUGAGAACAAUGGGGAGGAAAAAGAGCAGGAACACUCGGAGGUGAAGUAUUGUGAGCAGGAAGGCAAGACUUUGAGGAGGACGGGGUAUUUCUGUAAGACGUGUUCAGGGGAGCCCAGCCUCUGUCCUGUGCCAUGUUUUGAACUCUACCACACCAGACUGACCUACAAAACGGAUGAACUGGGAGCACAAGCUGUGCCCCCCCCCUUCAUGAGUGUCUCAGUAGGGGGGGAGAAGGUGAGGGUGUUGCUUGUGCCGGUCCCAGUGCCCGUCUUCAUCCCAGUGCCCAUGAGCAUGUACUCCCAGCACACACCUGUUCCAAUGGCGAUACCUGUACCCGUUCCAGUACCUCUGGUUGUACCACCAUUGAAGAAGGAGAUGAGAGACGCAGCAGUGCAGUCAGAGCCUCUGGCUGUGAGGGAAGACAAACAGACAGGUGUUUCCACUGCAGACCUGAGCAGUCCUCUCAGUGGAGACACGGAGUCAGAGGAGGUCAACCCCAUAAUCUGUGAAGAUGAAGAGGCUGAAAAAGCAGUACAGGCUGACCUGCCUCUAACUGUGAGUUCAGAGAGGAGCACAGAGUCAUCUGAUCUCCAAUUUAGCAUCCAGCCAGAGGUUACCACAUUAAUCGAACCACCUACCACCAGUGCUGAGCUACACCCUCCCUCCUCUCCAAUGAUGGACCUGGAGACUGACAUCCCAUCUGAGUUGUUGGAUCAGAAGCCACCUGCUCCUCAGAGAGGAGUGAAGAGAUCUAGAGACCCUUUCUGCAGCCGCAAACGGAGUCGAAGGCGAACUGGGUCCUUGAACCGCCGGGCAGUGGCGACUCCCCCCGCCCCCAAACUGAACCAUGUGUACGGGGUUAAAGCCUGGAGAACCUGGGUCCAACAACAAAACCAACCGCCCGCAAAAUCCAACAUUGUGGACAUUAAAGAAGACGUGCUUCAGUGUGACUCUGCUGAGCUCAGCUUUGCUCUGUCACGCUUCAUCACUGAAGUGAGACGGCCCAAUGGAGAGACCUACAGCCCAGACAGCAUUUUCUACCUCUGCCUGGGGAUACAGCAGCAUCUGUUCACAAAGGGCCGCAUAGAGAACAUCUUCACUGAUGAGCUCUACAGUCAGUUUACCACCAAGAUCAGCGGGAUGCUGCAACUCUGGAAACCUAAACUACUACCGAGUGGUGCUGCAGUCUCUUCCCGGGUGGUGGAGUCCUACCUGUGGGAGUGUAAGCAGCUGGGCGCCUACUCCCCCAUCGUGCUGCUCAACACGCUGCUCUUCUUUUGCACCAAGAAAUUCGGCUUCACCACGCUGGAGCAGCACCAGAACGUGUCCUUCGCCAACUUCACCCGACUCUCCAAACCCUGCAACAGAGCCGGAAAAGUGCUCUACCUCCGAUACCGGCGGAGCAGCAAGGACCCCCACCGCACAGAACGAAAUAGAAAAAAGCAGGGAGAGGAAGAGAUGCUGGAGAUGCUUGAAAAUGUCGCCAACCCUCUACACUGUCCUGUGAGACUGUACGAGUUCUACCUCUCCCGAUGCCCGGAGUCGGUGCAGACGAGAAGAGAUGUGUUUUUCCUGCAGCCGGAGGAGGUUGUGCACACUCACAGUUCCCACUGGUACACCUGUCAGCCACUGGAGGGCGCCACCCUGCAGAGCAUGCUGUCUCGCAUUUUAGCCGUCAGAGAGGUGCACCAGGGCCACGUUGCAGCCACGGCCCCCACUGAUGACGAUGCUUUACCGUGAGGGGGGGCUCUACCUGUGAUAUUCUCCAGUGACGUACAGGUUACAUGGAAUUACUGGUGUACCAGCCUCCUCCUGUUGUUCAGACAAAGACUGGCAGGUGUUUGAAAUGGGGACACAGAAGAGAAAGACCAUUAAAAGACACAUUUAAAGAACAUUCCGUGUGGGAUCAUUGUGUUUAAUUUCCUCAGUUUGCCUUCCCUCCCCACAUCUAUGAGUUUACAAACAUACUUUGUCAUAAGUCUGACAAAGGGAUUCAAUGUUAACACCAUCUCCUUCUCUCAUUGUGUCAAUCAUAAUUAGGCCAUCAUUUAGUACAUAUUGCAGUUUAUUUCACAGUCAGAUCAGCAAUACUAGACUGUGUGAGCAGCAAACAGACCAGGGUUAAUACACAGUAGAGAUAAUGCUUUCCUCUUGUGCUCUCUAUAUUCAAUGGUUGCAACAGUAGUCAUGGUAGUCAAAAUCAGCCUCCCGAGAUUACAAAUAGGGCCACAUUCUGGUUUCCAAAUCGGCCAAGCCAUUUUUAAACUAUUUUCCCAAUAGGCUAUAAUGGUAAUUCCUGUUUAUUAACACAACAUAUGCUAAUGUGUGAAUUGCCCAGUAUAUGCAGGUCAACAUCAGGCAGUUUCUAUGUGCUGGGGACACGUACUAUACAUUUCUUUUAUAAAACAUUGGUGUACUCAAGAUUUCCCGAGUUCACAGCAGGCCUCUCUAUGAGCUGGCAACUAGAAUAUUAACACAUCCUAAAAACAAGAAGAAUUACAGAGCUUGUUACUGGUAUUUAAGAAAUGCAUAUAAAGAGGCCCUAUUCUGCUUCUCUUUGGGUUUUCCUUUUUCUGUAGUGUGUAUAGGUUUUUGUGCAUGUAAAUGGUCUGCAAACUUCCCUCCCAUACACUCCCCCCACCUGAAAUGCCUCCAUUGGACUUCUUUGUUUACUUCCGUGGCAUAGUGACAGCACUUACACUCGCGCUUCAUUGGCUAGCACUCCAACACAUUGUACAAGGGGUGGGACAUCGCUAAGCGGUUGACCAAUCAUAACAGAGCCCUCCAGCUAACCAAUCAGAGCAGACUGGGCUCUGGUUUCAGACAGAGGGCAAAAAGAGGUGCUGCAGCACAGGAAGUAUGAGACAAAUAAAGGGCUUUUUGAUCAUUAAAGCAUGGAGACAUGUCACAGUAGAGACACUAAAUACUAAUAUAAACCUGAAAAUGAGCAGAAUAUGUCCUCUUUAAAUGUCUAAUUUAAUAUGUUAGUAAUGUUUCAGUGUCACCAUCCUUGUAAUACCAGAGGAUCCUCAUAGUGCCUGUAAUGUUUUUACUGUUUUAUUAUUAUCUACUUAUGUGAUAUUACUUCGUUUUUUAUAUUCGUCAUCCCAUGUGGCCUUAUUUCUCCUUUGUUUUGCCAACUCCUUCCUCUGUAGAUAAAGUUAAAAGGUAUCUCAUGUGCCUCAUCCACUUUAUUGCAGGGAAUUUAAUCAAAAUAGUCCAUGAAGGUAUUCACAGACCACCUUGAUUGAUUUGGAAUAUUUCCAAAUACAAUUAUUGUAAUUUUAACUACAAUGGGACCUCUACUCCCUGUAUUACUGAAUCCAUGUCCUGUUUCUGCCAAUAUUCUUUUCUCCUCUUUGUUUUACAUUCCAUUUGUUCCCUUAUUUGAAAAGUGAAAUAUGGAUGAGCGACAGACAACAAGUUAUUUUUUGUACCCCACUGUGGUGUUAGUGGUAUAUGGUAUAGUAUGGCUUGUUGGCCAUACUUAUAAUCAAAACAAGUAUUAUGACGAUGUGCCUAAAAUAUUUCCCGCUGUGAGGAGCGGCCCUUUUGUUUUUAUUAAUCUACCCAUCUAAAAUGUAAGGUCUGCUGCAGAUAACAGCUGCAGUAGAAAUCUUAUUUUGAAAGGAUUCUGAAUUUAGUUUUUUAAAUGGCCUAUAUAGAUGGAAGAAGUUACCCAAACAUGUCAGUACAUACUGAACAUAAACACCUUUACAACUUAUAAUGUCCAUUUCAUAGCAGUGACUGUCCUGUCAGAGACUUUUGGAUCAUUAUUUAGAAUUGUAUUAACCAAUUACAGUUUUUUUUAAACCUUUUUUAAAUUUCCUUUCACGAGUGGUUCAGAAUUUGGGAUUGUUAAUAUAAAUAUUUUCAUUUGUUCUUUUUAUUUUACAGUCAUUAUGACUCCACUCCCCUCAAUGCUAUGUGGUAACAUAAUGUGUCUUGUAAUGCAUUUGUUGCUACUCAGAUCUUUUCUGUCUCACCUUUUGUUGUAUUUUAUCAUAGAGGCCAACGUGCCUCAACAUUUGACUCAUGUUUUAUAUCUUACGUUUCUUAUUACACUGUGGUGACUGAUUAUAAGUGUCCAAUCAAAGAGUUCUGUAAAUGGUAUUUCCUAAACCACACACUGCUGAAUAUCACUGCUGCUGUCUGAAGCACCCUGGGUCAGAUUCUAUUGUCAUACACAAAAUGCCGUUUUUCC